AAUAUAACCAGUUGUACUCAUUCUGGGUGGAAAAAGCACAGCUGCGAGCAUACCCAAGACGCUGGAGUUGAAUGCACGACAGAAGAACCGAAUCUACCAGUACGGUUACAAGGGCCAUUAAGUGCGAAUGGUACUGGUCGUGUAGAAGUGUUCCACGACGGACAGUGGGGGACAGUUUGUGAUGAUGACUGGGAUAUGGAUGAUGCUAAAGUUGUCUGUCGUCAACUUGGAUUUUCAUAUGCCCUCAGUAGAUAUGUAGCAGGUGAUGUUCCAUCUGGUACAGGGCCUACUUGGUUAGAUAAUGUCGCCUGUACUGGAGAAGAAAAAAACAUAGCAAUGUGUUACCACAACGGUUUGGGAAAUGAAGAUUGCACGCAUUCUGAAGACGCCGGAGUAGAAUGUAGUAAUACAGAUUAUUCUUCAAAGGAUGGAUCGCUAAGGUUACAAGGUGAUUUAAGUGCAAGUGGCAUUGGCCGUGUUGAAAUACUCUACGCAGGGCGGUGGGGAACGAUAUGUGAUGAUGAAUGGGAUAUCAAUGAUGCUAAUGUUGCAUGUCGUCAGCUCGGUUACCCAGGUGCGGUCAGAUCUAUCGAAGGGUUGGACGUUCCUGACGGUGUUGGACCCAUAUUGCUAGAUGACGUCUCGUGUAAAGGAACAGAACAAAAUCUAACAAGUUGUUCUCACAGAAGAUGGGGAAAACAUGAUUGCAGUCAUCCUGAAGACGCCGGCGUUGAAUGCACUACAACUGAUACUUGGAAUCAAUCGCAAGCAUUGCGGUUACAAGGUCCAUUGAGUGCAAAUGGAACAGGUCGCGUUGAAGUCUUCUACAGGGGUCAAUGGGGAACAAUCUGUGACGGUGGAUGGGAUUUCAAAGAUGCUAUUGUUGCAUGUCGUCAACUUGGGUAUGCGUUUGCAGUCAGAUCGAUUCCUGGGGAGAGGUUCCUCCUGGCACUGGACCUGUUAUGUUAUCUAACGUCCGUUGCACUGGCCAAGAACAGAAUAUAAGAAGUUGUCCUCACAAUGGAUGGGCAAAUAAUGACUGCCCACAUUCAAACGACGCUGGAGUAGAAUGCGGUACAACAGGUGUUGCCGGCGAGCCGGGAUCAUUGAGAUUACAAGGACCAUUGAGUGCAACGGGUAUAGGUCGUGUUGAAGUACUCUACAAUGGACAAUGGGGGGCGGUUUGUAAUCGUGGGUGGCAAAUAGGCAAUUCUAAGGUUGUUUGUCGUCAACUUGGAUAUUCCGGUGUCAUCAGAACUCUUUCAAGGGACGAGGUUCCUUCCGGUGAUGGACCUAUAUGGUUAUCUAACCUCCACUGCACAGGAGAAGAACAAAAUAUAACAGGCUGUGAUCAUAGCGGAUGGGGAGAUUAUAAUUGCGAAGGAUACGAAAACUUUGGCGUGGAGUGUCAAACCACAGUUUAUGUAGGUCGGCCUGGGUCACUGAGGUUACAAGGACCAUCAAGUGCGAAUGGCACCGGCCGUGUUGAAGUACUCUACAAUGGACAAUGGGGGACAAUCUGUGAUGAUAAUUGGGAUAUGAGAGAUGCCAAGGUUGCAUGUCGUCAACUCGGUUUUCCAGAUGCUCACAGACCUCUUCGAGGUGGCCAGAUCCGACCAGGCUCUGGUCGUAUAUUUUUAGAUGAAGUUUCGUGUACCGGAACAGAACAAAACAUAUCAAGUUGUUCUCAUAGUGGAUGGGGAAUUAGUGAUUGCUCACAUAACGAAGACGCUGGAGUAGAAUGUAGCAGAACAGUUAUUGACGUUACUGGUAAUCUAUCGCAAAUACUGAGGUUACAAGGACCAUUGAGCGCAAAUGGAACAGGUCGUGUUGAAAUAUUCUACAAUGGCAAGUGGGGAACAAUCUGUCAAGAUGGUUGGGAUAUCAAAGAUGCCAGGGUUGCAUGUCGUCAACUUGGUUAUCCUGAUGCAGUAAGAUCUCUUGGUGGGGGUUAUGUUCCUUCAGGAACUGGGAAUAUUUGGUUGACUCAAGUCUCCUGUACUGGCAAUGAACAAAGUAUAACAAGCUGUUACCAUGAUGGAUAUGGAAAUAAUAUUUGCUCACAUAGUGAAGACGCUGGAGUAGAAUGUAAUACGGAAGUUAUUGCAGGAAGGCCAGUUUCCGUGAGACUUCGAGGCCCGUUGAGUGCAAAUGGAACAGGUCGCGUUGAAGUGCUCUACAAUGGACAAUGGGGAACAAUCUGCGAUGAUGGAUGGGAUAUAAAUGACGCCAGGGUUGCAUGUCGUCAGCUUGGUUAUCCUGAUGCAAUAAAGUCUCUUCGUGGGGGAGAGGUUCCAUUUGGGUCUGGACCUAUUUGGUUAUCUUACGUAAACUGUAUUGGCCAAGAACCGAAUAUAACAAGUUGUUCUAAUAAUGCUUGGGGAAAUAAUGCUUGCUCACAUUCUGAAGACGCUGGAGUGGAAUGUAGUACAACAGAAAUAGGUCCUGUUAAAAUCAGGUUACGAGGUCCUUUAAGUAGACUUGGAAAAGGUCGUGUUGAAGUGUUGUUCCAAGGACAAUGGGGGACAAUUUGUCGUGAUGAAUGGGAUUCGAGAGAUGCUGCGAUUGUAUGUCGUCAACUUGGUUAUCCGGAUGCUCUGAGAACACUCAUUCAGGUUCCUCCUGGUUCCGGACCUAUAUGGUUAGAUGGCCUCUACUGCAAGAGGAAAGAAACUGAUAUAACCAGAUGUUCCCAUGCCGGAUGGGGAGUUCAUGAUUGCAGUCAUUCCGAGGAUGUCGGAGUUGAAUGCAAAACAGCAGAAAAUAAACCUAGAACAUUAAGGUUGCGAGGACCAUCGAGUGCAAAUGGAAAAGGUCGUGUUGAGAUUCUCCACAAUGGACAAUGGGGGACCAUCUGCGGUGAUGGAUGGGGCAUGAAAAAUGCGAAAGUUGCAUGUCGUCAACUUGGUUAUCCAGAUGCGGUCAGAUCUCUUCUUUAUAAGCAAGUUCAAUCGGGCGAUGGACCUAUUUGGUUAUCCUAUGUAACUUGCAAUGGGACCGAACAAAAUGUUUCACUUUGUUCUCACAACGGCUGGGGAAUCCAUUUUUGCACACAUCGUGAAGACGUUGGGGUAGAAUGUAGUACAAGAGUUCUAGAAAAUAAGCCUGUAACACUGAGGCUACAAGGACCAUCGAGUGCCAUUGGGAAAGGUCGUGUAGAAGUGCUUUACAAUGGACAAUGGGGAACAUUCUGUGAUGCUGAUUGGGACAUAAACGAGGCUCGAGUUGUAUGCCGUCAACUUGGUUAUCUUAACGUUGCAAGAGCUCUUGCAGGCUCCCAAACACCUUCAGGCACUGGUCAUAUUUGGCAAUUUGGUGUUAAAUGCACAGGACGAGAAGAAAGCAUGGCUAAUUGUUCUUACUCCGAUUGGGGAAAAGGGGAUGUUUACUGUACACAUUACGACGACGCUGGAGUACAAUGUAUUUCAGCUGCUUCAGGUCGGCCUGGGUCACUCCGACUACAAGGACCAUCGAGUGCGAAUGGAACCGGUCGUGUUGAAGUACUUUAUAAUAGGCAAUGGGGGAAAAUUUGUGAUGAAGGAUGGGAUAUUAAUGAUGCCAGGGUUGCAUGUCGUCAACUUGGUUAUCAAGAUGCUGUUACUGCUCUUCAAGGAUCACAGGUUCCUCGUGGUUAUGGUCCCAUAUGGUUAAACAAUAUCACUUGUUCUGGGGAAGAAAAAAUAUAUCCAGUUGUUCCCAUGGGGGAUGGGGGAAUCAUGAUUGCCGGAGCUACACUGACGUUGGACUGGAAUGUAGCAAUAGAGUUCUUACAGCGACUACUUGGCCAGUAAGGUUACAAGGGCCAUUGAGUGCGAAUGGAACAGGUCGUGUUGAAAUACUGUACAACAGAGAAUGGGGAAGAAUAUGUGAAUAUGGCCAGUGGGGUAUAAAAAAUGCCAGGGUUGUCUGCCGUCAGCUGGGAUAUCCUGAUGCAGUCCAAGCUCUUCUAAAGAGUCAGGUUCCACGAGGUUCUGGACGCAUUUGGUUAUCUUCAGCCACUUGUACUGGAGACGAACAAAAUAUAACAAGCUGUCCUCAUUUCGGAUGGGGAAGAACUUUUUGCGGGAAUUCUGACGAUGUUGGAGUCGAAUGUAGUAAAACAGUUAUUUCAGAUAAACCGGUUCCAGUCAGGUUACAGGGGCCAUUAAGUGCAUAUGGAACAGGUCGUGUUGAGGUAUUUUACGCUGGACGAUGGGGAACAAUCUGUAAUUAUGGAUGGGAUCUAAGAGACGCUAGGGUUGUAUGUCGUCAACUUGGUUAUUCGGAUGCUAUCAAUCAUCGUGGAGAAAGAAGGGCUCCUGUUGGUUCUGGCCCCAUUUGGUUAAGUGAUGUUGCUUGUAAUGGAACCGAGCAAUACUUGACCAACUGUUCUCAUGCUGAUUGGGGAAGCGGAACUAGAUUUUGCAGACAUGAUUACGACGUUGUAGUAUAUUGUAUUUCAGUUGAUCCAGGUAGACCUGGGUCCCUCAGGUUACAGGGACCACAAAGUGCCAAUGGAACAGGUCGAGUUGAAGUACUCCACGAUGGACAAUGGGGAAAAAUUUGUAGUCAUGCAUGGGACAUAGAAGAAGCAAGGGUAGCUUGUCGUCAACUUGGUUAUCCAGAUGCUGUUAGAGUUCUUCCCUGGUACAUUGUACCUUCUGGUUCUAGUCGUGUAUGGUUGGAGAAGGUCUUUUGUACCGGAAGCGAACAAGACAUAAAUGGUUGUGCUCAUUCCGGAUGGGGAAAUAGUAAUUGUGUGCAUUUUGAUGUCGCUGGGAUAGAAUGCAAUACAUCAGUCGAUUUCUACGUUGCAGUUUUACUGUUAAACAAGUAUCAUAGUAAAGUACUCGUAACCACAGAUAUAUCCGGUAAACAAGAAUAUUUCGAACUUGAACCGAGUAAAACAGUGGUCAAGAGUGAAAAAUUGAAGACUUCGAAAUCGUUAGCAGUUAGUGCGGUCGAUGCUGGUACGAAUCAAACGGUUAUCAUCAACGGCCAGUCUGUUGUUUAUGUAAAGCCGACUAUCAAGGAAAAGAUUUCUUUGACCGUUCUCCACAUCCAAGCACCAUAAUCCUGGAUUGAUCGUAGAAUCGCGAGAACGUCAACAACUCCGCGAACCAAUGCACAACACAAUAUUGAUUAUAAAAUUUGAAAUAUACUUUAGAAUUUUAAAUGAUAAUAACAUUUCAUUCGGGUCACUUUGUUUCCUGGAGACAUAUAAACGGGCUAUUAACUUAGUUUUAGGAAUUAUUUGUAAUUUUAAAAAUUUGUAACGUUUGCAUGUUGAUAAUAAUACAUUAGCUAUACCGACCGGGAAAAGCAACUCAUGCCUAUAGUCU